CACGUUCAUCUUGCAGAGGCACACUGUCACAGAGAACUCGCGUAGCGCUGACUACUUCGUCUUCAGCUCAGGGAAGGCCCACAAUGAAUACCGACAAAUAGACCGGUGCGUAAGCCCCGAUGCCGCGGCUUCAAGCCAUCCAUUGGUGCUGCUUUCGCGCGCCUGAGGAGGAGGCAUGUCAUGAAUCGGCCGAGCCGACUGAAGCGAACAAGCCUGCGCCCAGGGGCGACGAGCGUGAUGAGGCUGUCCAGUCACCACCGCUCCAGAGCGCCUCGCACACAUGCUGCUCAGCGCUCGCGGGGCUCGACUUCGCAACGUGGCCAGACAGGAUCACCGGCUGCAUGUCCACCAUCGAAUCUCAUCUGGGCACGCCCGCGAGCCUUGCUGUGUUUGGAGUGGAGCCGGCCGGCUCGUGGCUGUUUGAUGGCGGAAAGGGCAGCUUUGAGCGGCAUGCGUGUCAAGCGCAGCUGCCUGGCGGCGGCGCCGCAGCGUGCAAUUUUGUACCAUGCCAUGCCGGUGGCGCCAGCGGGGAGUGCUGGAGCCGAUGCCCUGGGUGGCUGCCCGCAUUGCACGGCGCCCUGACUGCGAACCUGAAACACCUGGACUCCGGCGCGGCCGUGGCGGUGCUGUCCACGCGAACCGGCAGCGUUGCCGUUCGCCCGCUGCCUUGCUCCCUUGGCGAGGAGGACGUCGUGGCGCUGCCCGUGUACCGGCAGCGCUCCAGCCAAGCCCUGGCAGCGGUGCUGCUGCGCGCGUGUUGCUGGAUUGCUUGGCAGCCCCAGCAGGGUGCCUCGCCAGCUCAGCAACCGCACACGCGACACAGCAUUGAAAACUUUGAGUUCCGCAGCAAUAACACUGCCACCGGCAGCGCCCGGUACGCUGCCGGCGGCGCUGGCCCUGCCGAGCCGAUGCCUGCGUCGUGCUUUCAGCUGGGGCGUGAGGACGCGCAUGCGCUUCAGAGGGUGGCGCAGAUGGUCGGCUUCGGCCUGUUCUCAGACCAUGACCACAGCGCCUUUCUUUCGCAGGUGUCGGCACACCUCUCGGCCGUGGCUGGUAGCCGCAGCCUCCACGACGCCGUGCACGCCGUGCUUGAUGCCGUCCCCGAGCUCAUCCGCUCCCGCACCUCCGUCACCGCACACUGCCUCCUGGCCGCCAUGGCCGACGCGCCUGGCGAGCGGCUGCUGGGGGUGCCAGCGCCUACCGGCGGCGGCUCGGCCAGCCACAGCGCCGCCGCUGCCGCCGCCCUGGCCAGCGCCGGCGGCAGCAACAGCAACAGCGCUAGCAGCAGCAGCCGGCGCGUGCUGCGGAGCCCUGUGGCGCUGUUCUGCAAGCGCGCCGUCGAGGGCGCGGCAGGCCUCUCCACUGCCAGCACGCCUGCGGACGGCGCCUCCGCCUCACAGAUCGGGGGCCCAACCGUGGCUGCAAGUGCUGCGGGCGAGGCGGGCGACAUGCUGCCGCACACACAGAGUCUGGAGCUGCAGCAUGCGCAGCUUUCUUCAAUUGCGGGCGCUUCGACGGCAUACUGCUCUCAGCCGCGGCCCUCCCGCGUGCGGGCCGUGCGCCUGCCAUUGCCGCGCACGCUGCUGUUGCAAGCCAUGAAGGAGGCUUGUCCUGGUGUGGCCUACCAUCAACUGCUCACAGCGCCGUCCGCGCCCACGUACAUCGCUGCCCUCCCGCUGCCGCAUCGUCUGCGCGCCCCCGCGCCGCGGGUGCUGCCCACCGGCGGCACAGCCUCUGCAAGCAGCGGCGGCCAGCCGGCCCAAGCCAAGGUCACCUCCCCAUUCGCGACGAACACCGUUGCCGCCGUGAUCAACAACGCAGCGGCGGCGGUGCCUGCGACGGAGAUGCACGCGUCGGUGCUGUGGGACGCCGCGCUCAUUGGGGCCGGCGGGCGCCUGCCGGUGACCACAAUGGUGAUCAAGGACGCAAGUGCCUUUCUUUUGGACGACGUCCAGCAGGUCUACCGCGACGUCCUCACCGGUUCGCUGAUGGCGUCGGGCGGCACCGACGUCGGCUCCGUGGUGCUGUGCCUCGAGGGCAGCCUGGUCCUGCUCCCGCCUCCACCGCCGCCCCCCGUCCAGCAGCAGCACCUGCACCACGGCUCCGACCCGCCGUCAGUCGCGUCAUUGCCGCUGCUGCUGCGCCAGCAGACGUCCGGAGGGCUGCUGCAGCAGCUGCCGGUUGCGGUCGCGCUGUCCAGCGUGGCCGCCAACGCCACGCCGCCCCUGACGCCUGCUGGCGGGCGGCGCGGCAUCACGGGCCCCAGCGGCACCACCAGCACCGGCAACGUGAGCGUUGACGCCAGUGCUGCUGUCCCCGCCUGCGGCUGCGCCAGCACCUGCACCCAUGGCUGUGCCGCUGCUCUGGCGCAGGCGCAACAGCAGCACGGGCCCGAAGCGCAAGAUGCCGGCAUCGUCCCGGCCCCUGGUCGUCUGGCUCUGUACCUGGUGUUUGCGGAGACGCUGCCGGCGGGCGUGUUGCAGAUGGUGGAGGCCGAGCUCAAGCAGCUCAUGCCGCUCUUUUUCUCUGCGCUCCGCUGCGCCAUCACCUCGGGCGGCCCGAUGGCGGCUGGCGGCGGCAGCAGCAGCAGCCUGAUCGCCGCCGACUGGCGCCUGCUGCACAUGCAGCUGACAGGCAUGCGCAACGUGCUCAGCACACUGACGUCACCGCUGGUGACCGCUAACGGCUUUCCACAUGACGCGGCGGCCGGCGCCGCUGGUGCCAGCUACACAAGCAGCUCUGCCCACUACCGCUGCACGCCCGCGUCUGGAGCCGCUGCCAGCGCGGUUGCCAGCGGUGCGGCGGGGGAGGCAGCCGUCGGCGGCGGGACUGCGGCAGAAGGUGCUGUGCCGCUGGGCGUGGUCGGCGACACGCCGCCGCCACAGCAAUUCAGUGGCGCCUUCUCGGUUGGGGGCACGCGGAGUGGUGGCCCGUCAUCCCGGUCCUCGGGUGACGCAGGCGCCCCCGGCCCUGUUGGCCCCUCCUCCGUGGGCGUGGCGACCAUGCCACGAGCAUUCUCAGCGCUUGACCAAGUGCCGGAGGAUCCGUCCAGUCGCGAGGGAAGCGACGGCCGCGCAAACAACAACGGCAGCCGCAGUGGGUCGGGACUGCCUACCAAUACCACUGCCGGUGCGGCUGCUCCUGCUGCCGUCGGCAGCGGUUCGCCCAGCACAUCUCGUGUCGCGCCCCGCAGUGUGUCCCUUACCGCCGCACAUGCUGCGGAGCUGCCUGAAGGCGUCGGCGGCCGCAGCAACACCGGAACUGGCGGUACCGGCACAUUAGAGAGCGCGCGCAGCCGGAGCGGCAGCACAACCAGGCUGCGACAGGGACUCCUGCAAGCGACAGCGGGCUCAGGGCCCAUCAGCACGAGCCGCAACAGCACCAACAAUAACCUCAACAGCGGCGCCGGGACCUCGGGAACUGGCCAUCUGCAGCGUGCCCUCGCCGCUCUGCGUGCGCGGCUGGGUGGUGGUGGCGGCGCCCAAGCCUCUCAACAGCAGGCGCAGCAACCGGCCUCUCAGCCUCGAGUAAGCGGAGCCAGCAGCCAGCAGCAGCAGCAGCUGCCUGCGCUAACUAUUGCGAUGGGAAGCGUUGGCAGCAACCCCGCUGGAAUUGAGGUCAGCAAUAGCAGCCGCUUUGCCAAGAGCCUGCUGCGCCUUGCGUCCACCCGUGGCGCGGCGGCGGCUGCAGCUGUAUCCACCGGUGGCGGCGCACAUGGCGGCAGCAGACUUGCCGCGGUGGCAGCAGAAGCAGGAGGCACAGAGACGGUUGACCAGGGCACGAGCGGCGAGAAGCGCCGCAUGUUCCUGCGCACAGAGAGCGGCCCGGCUACCGUGUCCGAUGCGGCCCCACAAACCCCACACGCUGCCGCAGCGGGGGCCGUUUCCGCGGGGCCAACCGUCACAAGUCAAAGUGCUGCAGGCCCUGUCCUGGAUGCUCGCGUAACGGCUGCUGUGAGCCCUGCGGUGAGCGCCGGUGCGGCGUCCCACGACACCGCCAAACAGAUGGCUGUAUCUGUCGGCCUGCUGGCUGACCUGAUGCAAAGGCUGCCGGGACCCCACCGCUCCUCACCCGCUCUGCUUCUGGAGAACGAGUCAGAUCCCAUGUCAGCGGCAAUUGCAGCCGCGGCUGCGGCCGGUGAGCCGCCCACCCGCGCCAGCACCGGUGACCUGAUGAACAGCGCUGGCAGCGCGCGUGAGAGCGGUGCGGUGCCGCCAACCCCAGCACUGGGUCAACAGCAGGCCCAGGCGCAGCAGUCGGCGGGUCUGGUGCAGGCGCAGCAGGGCCAGCAGCAACAGCCGCAGCGGCAGCAGCAAUCGCAGCAGCAGCAGCAGAACACGGAGCUGCUUGUGAGCACGGUGCGGUCGCGGCUGACGGCGGUGCUGGCGGGUUCCGAGGACUCCGGGCAGGCCAGGGCAAUGCAGGCCCAGGAUCUCGAGUGCUUGGAGCUCCUGGAGGUGCUGGGUCGUGGCGGCCAGGCGGUUGUGCUGCGAGGCAUCCUGUACGGCCUGGAAAUCGCGGUCAAGGUGAUGCUGCCCAAGGACCAAGACAAAGACAAGGGAGACAACAACAAUCCCGAGAACCAGGAUCCGGCGGCCAAGCCGCGUCACAACAACCAGCAUCAGGCCGGUGCCGCGGCGGCUGCCGGUGCGGAGGCGGAUCCGGCCGAGGGCCCUGACGAAAUGGCCGCUGAGAUGGAGCUGCGACAGGCCAAGCGAGGGGCCACCGAGAUUGCGGUGUCGAUGAUGCUCUCGCACCCUAACAUCGCCCAGGCCUACGGCGCCUUCAGUCGCGUGGUCGUCGUGCGUGUCUUCUACGCAAAUUUGGUGGAGCCGGUGUUGCGGCUGUGCCAGGAGGACAGCCCGCUGCUGAAAGGCAGCGACCCGGGGCCCUCGAGCCAGGUGCUGUGCCUUGAGUACUGUGAUGCUGGCACGCUGCUGGCCGCCUGCCGCGCCGGCGCCUUUAGGACGCCCACGUUCCCAGUGCCCUCGGGGCCGGGCCUUGUGCAUCUGUACACCAGCCUGCUAGAGGUUGCGCUGGCGCUGCGGCACCUGCACUCCCGGCGGCUGGUGCACUGCGACGUCAAGGCCGCAAACGUGCUGCUCAAGAGCUCCACACGCGACCCCCGCGGCUGGAAUUGCAAACUCAGCGAUUUCGGCUGUGUGCGCGUGAUGAGCGAGACGGCGGCGGAUGGUCGGCCUGGCUUUCGGGUGGCGCAGCCGGCCGGCACACUGCGCUACAUGUCGCCUGAGUGCUUCAUCAAGGACACGUUCCUUGGAUCCGAGGUGGACAUAUUCGCUUUCGGCAUUAUGAUGUACGAGCUGCUGACUGGUACGACGCCGUACGGCGAUCUGGCGGUACAAGAGAUCCCGCGCCAGGUGUACCGCUACGGCCUGCGCCCCGUGUUCCCGCCCCAGGCGCCGCAGCAGUACUGCGCCUUGGCUCAGCAGUGCUGGCAGCACAACCCUCGCCACCGCCCGUCCGCCUCAGACCUGGUGGUCCGGCUGCAGCAUCUGCAGAUGGAGGCUGUGGAGAAGAUCAACAGCGCCGCAGCAGCCGUCGCGGCUGCUGCAGCCGCAGCUGCGGCGGCGGCUGCGCCGGUGCCGGCAACAGGCGGUGGGGUGCGGCCGAUGGGCGUGCCGCCGCCACAGCAGCUGCCGCAAAUGUUGACGCAUCUGCCGCCACAAGGCCCUUCCGCGACUUUGGGCACGUCGCCCAUGCAACACCAGUAGGCUGUGCCCAGACACGACGACUCCUGGCGGAGGACACAGCAGCGCUGAGGCCCAUCGUCUUUGCUGGCGUGCCGCGAGCGUUCAACCUGCUGUUAAGGCCCCUGCGAGUGGCAUUUACACCAGCCAGGCAUCCAGCACGCAAAUAGGCAUCACGCACACUCUCACCGCAUGACAUGAUGAAGGUAUGGUCAAUCACAAGAACGGGUUUUACAGCAUGUUUUAUUGCACGUCAAGCACAUGUCACAAACCCGCCAGCCUAUUUAGCGCAUGGCGGUUUUUGGACUCAUGUUACACUGAAAUCAAUCUUGGCGGCAACCUUAUGCCGUCAUAUGGACAUGAAAGAAAGGAUCACGGGGCGUGCGCACCGGCAUCCAAUGAACUACGACUGGCACGUUUGAGUGCCUUUCGUCAAAGAACCCAAGCCCCAAGCCCUAGCAUGCCCAAGGCUCACGCUAGGUGCCCAUUCAUUCAGGCGUUUCUUUUGAGGGAGGAUGUGGGCGUGCACGUGUAAGGCCGGGCGGCAAUGCAUGUUGCAUGUUUACAGGAUGGCAGCAGGUUGUGCUUCACAAGCCUAGGUGUGCCCGCAAACAUGCAUGAUGGCUGGGUUGCUCCCUGAUGAGUGUGACGGCGGCGUGCACGUGCAUGCCACCUGAUCGUGGUCAUGGAUAUUAUUUGUAUGUACGUGUUCUGGGAAGAAUAAAUGUGCAACACUGCUCGUGGUGAUCUGGAAGCUACCAUGUGCAGGAAGGACACGCAUUGGGGCUACCGCUGGCUGAAGUCUACCACCCCCCUGAAGGCAGUACGGGAGUCUGGCCCCUGGCUCAACAAAACUGUUUGCAUCCUGGUGCACAUCUUUUCGUGUGUGAACCGGGGUCUUUGAAGCUGUUUGGGUCCCCCCAACGUCAGCCGUGUGUGUCUGACGUGUCAGGCAUGCAUGCAACAUGCGCGCAAUGGAAGCAUCAUGACUAUCAUGACGUGUCUUAUGGCAUCGUUGAGCAUCAAGUCGAGCAUCAAGUUGAAGCUCGCAGUUGCUUAUGCGCGCACUGUGUUAAGAAUUAGAGCUAUGGCAGGGAUGCACUUGUAUUUCCGUGUGCGGGGCUUGUCUUUAUGCGAUUUCGGACCCACCGCUGGUUCGCCAUUAGCCGCCGCAUUCCAGCUUACAUAGAACCGUCGAUGCACCUGACCUGAGCCCAUAUAUUUCAGUUAGGCGGAUUGAAUGAUAAUGCAAAAUUGGGUGUUGUGCUGUUGUAGCAUCCGCAUGUGCUGCGCAUGCGUGUCCGGAAGAGGUCACAGUGUUCUUGUGCAGUGGUGUGCGCCGUGUGGCAUGUGGGGAGUGGGUGUGAGUGACAUCCACAUAGCUACCAGCUAAAAUGCACGUAGUUCCAUGCGCAACCCUACUCCGUCCCAACAAGACGGAGAAGUGUUUCAUGUUCAUCGUCACACUGCAUUUGGGCCCAUACAUGAUUGGUAUGGCAGUAGGGCUGCCCCGUGCCUUGCCAUGAAUCAAAGCAUGCAUUGUCCCGCCAUGGUGCUCGUGUUUUGCACGCGAUUUGCUCCUUCGGGGCGUCAGCGAAGCGUAAUCUUGCAACAGGCCGGCUUUGCACAAGCAAAGGGCGCAGUUAAGUCCAUUUACCACGGCAGAUUUCAAGACGUGCUAUCAUGUGAGGUGUACAGCGGUGAUGCUGUGUGCUGUUCGGACAGGAUACCCGGGAAGGAUGUGCGCACAUAGUUAAGCCUCCACGGGGACGCGGAUUGUGGCGUACGAUCCAGUUUUGUGCAACAAGAGGUGUUGCCAGUUGUCUUGAGGCUGUAGCAGGUUGUUUACGGGGAUGCGAAGCCUGAUCUACCGUAUCGGUUCUGCUGGUCCUGCCCUGUGUAGGUACAAGUAGACCUGAAGCGGACGAUUGACAGCCAGUGUCACUUUUGUUUGUCGUGUGCCGUUGCCGGCGCGUGUCAUUCACCGGCGAUCACUGCCCGGGUACGAGUUAUGGGGCGGUUGACAGCGUGUGAACUUAGGAGUGGGAAGACUUCAGCCCCCGGUGGCAGCCCUGGAGCAAAACAUGGCUGGGGCGUGACAUGUUUGAGGUUGGUCAGAUGGCUGGGCAAUUAUAGUCGGUAAUAAGUAGCAAGAGUCCAUUCCGGUACCUGGUGACGAGCAAUCCAGCAAAUCUCUUGCCGCGGAAGUCGGGCAGGCUCAUGCGGGCGCCUCGCUAGGUCUUAAGCCCGGGCGCGCGUGUGCCGAACACCGCAAGUUGCAAUGCAACGUUGGGGUACUGCCCUCUGUCCAAUAAAAGGGUACGCGCAGUCCUGAGCCCGUUGUCGUUGCGUUCAAAUAGUUGUAAGACGAAAGAAAC